AUGAUUUUUUUGCAAAACAUACGCCUCCUUUCUUUGCCUCUCUAUUUCUCUCCUAAAAUCCAUUUUCCUCAUUUUUUUUUUUUUCGUUUUUUGCAGUCAACGGAAAUAGGAAGUCAGUCUCUUUUUCCCUUUUCUAGUUCAACUGCUGAUGUGGCAACGACUAUUGCUGUACGGUUAGCAUAUCUCAAAGAGUAUUUUGAAUGUUUUUUUGUUUAUUUUAACAUCUAUCUAUCUAUCUAUCUAUCUAUCUAUCUAUCUAUCUAUCUAUUUCUGCUCAUUUUCAGUUUAUCUAUCUAUCUAUCUAUCUAUCUAUCUAUCUAUCUAUCUAUCUAUCUAUCUAUGCCACGCUGUUUUCAUAUCUGCCUAGAGUAUUUUCUCCAUGUCUGCUUAACAUAUUUCGUUCCUGUCUACCAUUUUAUUAUAUUCUAUCUAUCUAUCUAUCUAUCUAUCUAUCUAUCUAUCUAUCUAUCUAUCUGA